GUCGUCUGAUCCGGGCCGUGUCUAUGUGACCCCCUUCACAACCCAUGGUGGCGCUGAAGGCUGAUAGACCGGUUUGAGGGAGACUAUUUUCAGAACAAUGUCCGGUUAAUGUAAAAUAUUAAUGCAGACUGUUAAUUAAAGGCGGAAAUCCCUGUCGAUGUCACCUCGUCUGCAGAUUACAACCAGCGAUGCAGCAGACGGUCAGGGGCCUCUGAGAUGGAAGAAUCCAAGAACAGGUUAAACAAGAUUGCCGACAAACUGGAGAAAAGACACCGGACCCUCAACAUCCUCCGAAUCAUUUUCUCCUUAUUCGGCAUAACUGGUAGUGGUAUUGUUCUGUUUGGGUCAGGAUGGACCUUCAAAGACUUUAACGUGUCCUCUCACAUCAGCGUGGUAGGAGCUAGCCUGGCGCUGGUGGCAGGACUUGUCACCUUCUCUAUCAAACUGGUGCGGGAUUUCUACAACAACAGAUCCAUCAGGGACACAAGAGACGUGUUUCUGGGAAGAGGCAAGCAUUCCGACAUAUACAUAGUUUCUCAAGACACCAGCCUUGUAACAUUAUCUAAACCGACCUUGUGUGCCUUCACUGACUUGAUUCUGGAGCCCGAGGAACCACUACGUACAGCAAGUUCCUUCCUACUGCUGUGUUGUGGUGGCAAGGUAUGGCGAGCUGUGGAGGAUGUGUUUCUGACUAUUCUGCCCGCAUGGAUACUCAUCAGCAGUAUCAAGGACCUACAGAAGAUUUUUUCCACUGUUGUGGACUCGGUGUCCAGUGGGAAGAACCCACUGGUGAUCAUCCCCAGUUUGAUAACGAACAGUUCGUUAGUACCCAGCCACAAAGACACCUGGCUCUCACUCAACGACCUUGGAAAGGCAAUGGAGGUGUUGGACAGCUGUUUGGCUUUUGCUUGCUUUUUUGUAAACGUUGCAACUUUGUUGUAUUUCAGCUAUAAAGUAAUCAUGUGGAGAGAGAAAAACAAUGCUAAAAUUGCAGAAAAGAUUCGAAACUUGGACACAGAGAUGCAACUACAAGCAUUGGCAAGUAGCGAAGAUGUGUUAGUUGAGCAAUAAUGGUGCCCAAUUCCCAUAAAACAUUCAUUUCUAAAGCCAUAUUAUGCGUUGAAAAUGGUCACUCAAUUGAUCAUUACAUACAUGUAUACAACUACUAUCAUCUUUUGAAUUAGUAUUAAAGUAUACUGUUAAUA